GUGCGUUGUACAGUCGAAAGGAGACGGUAGAGACUUUAGAAACUAUUUCAUAUAUUCAUAUUUUUGUUUUAAUCCAGUGAAAAUAUGGAUCUUGUACAGCCGACUCAGGAAAAUGCGGGACAGAUGGUGAAGGACGAGUUGGCAGAGAAAUGCCAGAAGCUUUUCCAGGCUUUCUUAGAAGAGUACCAGACAGCAGACGGUGAGGUGAAGUAUGUCCGUGAUGCUGAGGAGCUGAUCAGGCCAGAGAGAAACACUCUGCUGGUCUCCUUCACUGAUCUGGAAGGAUUUAAUCAGGAACUGGCAACCACCGUCCAGGAGGAGUUCUACAGAGUGUAUCCCUUCCUUUGCCGUGCGGUGAGGAACUUUGCUAGGGAUCAUGGGAAUGUCCCAGUGAAUAAGGAGUUCUACUUGGCCAUUCAGGACCUGCCCACCAGACACAAGAUCCGUGAGCUGUCCUCCCUGCGUAUCGGCUCUCUGGUGCGGAUCAGUGCACAGGUAGUGAGGACACACCCCGUACACCCAGAACUGGUGAGCGGGACGUUCCUGUGUCUGGACUGCCAGGGGGUGUGUCCGGACGUGCCCCAGCAGUUCAAGUACGCACCGCCCACCGUCUGCAGGAACCCCGUCUGCAGCAACCGCGCUCGCUUCCACCUAGACACACACCGCUCCAAGUUCAUCGACUUCCAGAAGGUGCGUAUCCAGGAGACCCAGGCAGAGCUGCCCAGAGGGUCCAUCCCCCGCUCUCUAGAGGUGAUUCUGAGGGCUGAGGCUGUGGAGACGGCCCAGGCCGGAGACCGCUGUGAUAUCACUGGCUCACUCAUAGUGGUUCCCGACGUCUCCCAGCUCAGCACCGCAGGUGUGCGAGCAGAGACCAGUUCCCGUGUAGGAGGGAGACAGGGUUAUGAGAACGAGGGCCUUCGCGGUCUUAAAGCAUUGGGUGUCAGAGAGCUGUCCUACAGACUGGCCUUCCUCGCCUGCCAUGUGGCUCCUACCAACCCCAGGUUUGGAGGGAAGGAGCUGCGUGAUGAGGAUCAGACAGCAGAGAGCAUCAAAAGCCAGAUGUCAGUUCAGGAGUGGGAGAAGGUGUUUGAGAUGAGCCAAGACAAGAACCUCUACCACAACCUCGGCACCAGCCUGUUCCCAACUAUACACGGUAACGAUGAGGUGAAGCGUGGUAUCCUGUUGAUGUUGUUUGGGGGUGUUCCUAAGACCACCAUGGAGGGAACGUCUCUCAGAGGAGAUGUCAACGUCUGCAUUGUCGGAGACCCCUCUACCGCUAAGAGCCAGUUCCUCAAGCAUGUGGAGGAGUUCAGUCCCAGGGCUGUGUAUACCAGUGGGAAGGCCAGCAGUGCAGCAGGUUUAACAGCAGCCGUGGUUCGAGACGAGGAGUCACAUGAGUUCGUCAUCGAGGCCGGCGCGCUCAUGCUCGCUGACAACGGUGUGUGUUGUAUCGAUGAGUUUGAUAAGAUGGAGACCAGAGACCAGGUGGCCAUCCACGAGGCCAUGGAGCAACAGACCAUCUCCAUCACUAAAGCUGGAGUCAAGGCCACUCUGAAUGCCCGUACGUCCAUCCUGGCGGCUGCUAACCCAGUCGGUGGUCGCUACGACCGCAGCAAGAGUCUGAAACAGAACGUCAACCUAUCCGCUCCCAUCAUGAGCCGCUUCGACCUCUUCUUCAUCCUAGUGGACGACUGCAACGAGGUGACAGACUAUGCUAUAGCCAGACGUAUUGUGGAUCUGCACUCUCGCAUUGAGAACUCGGUAGACAGGCUCUACUCUCUGGAUGAGAUCAGAAGAUACCUGCUCUUCGCCCGGCAGUUCAAACCCAAGAUCUCUGGUGAGUCAGAGGAGUUCAUCGUGGAGCAGUACAAACGACUGCGUCAGCGCGACAGCUCUGGGGGCGUGGCCACAUCGGCCUGGCGAAUCACGGUGAGGCAGCUGGAGAGCAUGAUCCGCCUUUCUGAGGGCAUGGCACGCAUGCACUGCUGUGAUGAGGUCCAGCCGAAGCACGUCAAGGAGGCGUUCCGCCUGCUCAAUAAAUCCAUCAUCAGAGUGGAGACACCUGACAUCAACCUGGACCAGGACCAGGAGAUGGAGGAGGAAGAGGAGGGAGAGAACGGUCAUGACGUUCCUAACGGAGUGAAUGACCAGGAUAUUGGGCAGGUGAACGGCCACACCGACGGAGUUACCGGCCAAACCAACGGUGUGAAUGGUCACGCUGACAGCAGCUCCAAGCCCUCGCUGCGUCUCACCUUCCCAGAGUACCGCCGCAUCUCCAACCUGCUGGUGCUGCACCUCCGCAGGGCCGAGGAGGCUGAAGAGGAGGAGGAGUUGAAGAAGAGUGCAGUGAUCAACUGGUAUCUGAAGGAGAUGGAGUCAGAGAUUGACUCAGAAGAGGAACUCAUCAACAGAAAGAGCCUCAUAGAGAAGGUCCUGCACAGACUAGUGCACUAUGAUCAUAUCCUGAUUGAGCUGUCUCAGGGAGGGCUGAAAGGGUCAGAGACAGAGACACAGGAAGAAGUUCUGGUCGUUAACCCCAACUACACUCUGGAGGACUAGACUCAUCUCAUCCCUCCUUCCUCCCCUCUAACUCCCUCCUCUUUCCAUGGGUUUAUGUCAGACUCCAAUUCAAGAGUCUUGAAGCUGUUUGUAUUGAACAUUGAUCUGUGUAAUGACAUUUUAAACUUGUGGUAAGGUUUCAUUUCAUUCCUGCUUUGUAGACUUUUUCACAACUCUAGCCCUUUUAAAAAUGUUUAUUUGUAUUAUUGUAGCCAGGUGAGUAAUGUAAAUAUGUUGCCCUGAUUUCUCCAGAGCGUUUGCUGGCUUAUGGCUGUUGAAGUUUGUGCGUGUCCUCAGUUAACUUAAUGUUAAUCCUCUGACUGUACUUCCCAUGUUAAAUGUAUGCAUACAACAAAUACACACAAAUGAAAGUCUACCUUUGAUGCAUAUGUUUUAUAUAAAAAAUACAAAUAAGUGAGAAGAAACAAAGAGAAGAAUAAUCAAAUGUUUGAUGCUGUUAAUGCCCUCCCUGUGGUCGUUGUUUUUUUCACUGACCUUGAUAGAUAUGUCUCUGAAUCAUAGCUGCUGUGUGAAUGGCUGUACUGUGUUUAUACUGCGCUGGUCUAGUCAUUUAAUAAAGGACUGUCUUCUCCA